AAAAUCCCAGACAUCCUUCAUUCUUUCACUGUCAGGGCUUCAGGGUCUUUGAAAUUCCCCGCCAUCACAAAACCCCUCUCCCCUUCACUCUCCAAGCGUUUGCUUCCUUCGCAGCCAAUCAAAGAGCUUUCUGCCCGACCUGCUACCCUGAUUGAUUUCCAAGCAGUUUGUCUGAUUCUACCAUCUUGCCACUUAGCAGUAACCAGUAAGGCAUGGAACGAUUCCAGCGAUUGAGCCUUUUCAGUAGCUGCUUUUGGACAACAUGGGAGACCUGCCAAGGGAGGAUAAUUCGAAUACACUACGGGUGCUUGUCGCGACAGACUGCCAUCUCGGUUACAUGGAGAAGGAUGAAGUAAGGAGGCACGAUUCUUUCCUAGCAUUUGAGGAGAUAUGUAAAAUAGCGGACGAAAAGCAGGUUGACCUCGUGCUCCUUGGUGGGGACCUUUUUCAUGAGAACAAGCCCUCAAGAACAACAUUAGUUAAGGCCAUUGAGAUCCUCCGUCGGCAUUGUUUGAAUGAUCGACCAGUGCAGUUUCAAGUUGUCAGCGAUCAGACCGUAAAUUUUGCGAAUCUAUUUGGCCACGUAAACUAUGAAGAUCCACACUUCAAUAUUGGUCUUCCAGUGUUUAGCAUUCACGGAAAUCAUGAUGACCCUGCUGGUGUGGACAACCUAUCUGCAAUUGAUAUCCUGUCAGCCUGCAAUCUCGUGAACUACUUUGGGAAAAUGAUUCUUGAGGGUUCUGGGGUUGGUCAAAUCACACUGUAUCCAAUCCUAAUGAAAAAGGGUUCGACAAAUGUUGCUUUGUAUGGGCUUGGUAAUAUUAGGGACGAGCGGCUGAAUAGGAUGUUUCAGACUCCACAUGCUGUACAAUGGAUGAGGCCUGAAGUUCAAGAAAGUUGCGAGGUGUCGGACUGGUUUAAUAUCCUUGUACUUCAUCAGAACAGGGUGAAGACGAACCCAAAGAAUGCCAUAAAUGAGCACUUUCUGCCCAGGUUCCUGGACUUCAUUGUAUGGGGCCAUGAACAUGAAUGUCUUGUUGAUCCACAGGAAGUUCCAGGCAUGGGAUUUCACAUCACACAACCGGGGUCUUCUGUUGCAACAUCACUGAUUGAUGGAGAAUCAAAGCCUAAGCAUGUUCUGCUUCUAGAAAUUAAGGGAAAUCAAUAUCGUCCAACCAAGAUACCUCUGACAUCAGUGAGGCCUUUUGAGUACACUGAGAUCGUGCUGAAAGAAGAAACGGAUAUCAGUCCAAAUGACCAAAACUCAAUUCUGGAACAUCUGGACAAAGUGGUCAGUAAUCUGAUAGACAAGUCUCGGCGAAAUGCCACUAGCAGAUCUGAGCUCAAGCUCCCACUGGUCAGAGUCAAGGUGGAUUACUCAGGCUUUAUGACAAUAAACCCUCAACGAUUUGGGCAAAAGUAUGUUGGAAAGGUUGCUAAUCCUCAAGAUAUUCUUAUAUUCUCAAAGGCUUCCAAGAAGGGUCGAAAUGAAUCUGUAAUUAGCGAUGCAGAGCGCCUUCGCCCAGAAGAAUUAAAUCAGCAAAACAUAGAGGCCCUAGUAGCUGAAAGUAAUCUGAAAAUGGAGAUUCUUCCUGUCAAUGACUUGGAUGUUGCACUGCACAAUUUUGUUAAUAAAGAUGACAAAAUGGCUUUCUAUACAUGCGUGCAACAUAAUAUCCAAGAAACACGUAGUAAACUUGCGAAGGAUACAGAUGGUGCAAAAUUUGAAGAGGAUGAUCUCAUUCUUAAAGUUGGAGAAUGCUUAGAGGCAAGGAAGCUCUAUAAAUCUCUUUCUUCCAAAUCCAAUUUUGGCUGUCAACUUCACUCCUUGUUGAUACAGGAUUUCAGAAGUACAACUGCUCCAGGAACGGGAAGUGCUAUUUCCUUUAGCGAUGAUGAAGAAACAACCCAGGUGUCUGGGGCAAGGUCUACAGCUAGGGGUAGGAAAGGGAGUACUACUCGUAAUGCUUCAGAAGCCAGCAAGAGCAAAACUUCCACUAGAGGAAGGGGGAGAGGCAGAGGCUCAACAAGUAGUAUGAAGCAGACAACUCUUGAUUCUGCUCUAGGUUUUCGGCAGUCACAAAGAUCUGCAUCAGCUGCCACAGCCGCUGCAGUGAGAAGCAUUGUUAAUGUGGAUGAAGAUGUGGAUGAUGCUUCUAGUGAAGAGGCAGAAGCGCAUGAAAUUAACGACAUUUUGUCUGCAAAGGACGAUGAUGAACCGGUUAGAGGCAAAGGGCGGAAAAGAGCGGCAGCACCAAGGGGAAGGGGUAGAGGGACUGCAACAUCAAAACGUGGAAGGAAAGCAGACAGCCCUGCAGGGAUCAAGAGAAUGCUAAUGAGCAAAGAUGAUGAUGACGAUGAUGAUGAAGGUGACAGGGCUAAGCUAUUGAACAAGUCCCAAACAAGGGUAACGAGGAAUUAUGGCGCUUUAAGAAGGUGAAAUCCGAGAAGCACGAAGGAACUCCUGUUGCAAAUUCUGGCUGUGGGAAUCGAAUGUUAGCAGAUUUUAUUAAGUGUUAAGCUCGAAUUCCAGCAACGGUAAAAACCAAGGAUGCCCCACAUUUGCUAAUGCUAGUAAUGUUGUAUCCGGCAGAAACCAAACAAAUUAUGCUCAAAAUUUUGUCUCCACCAAGCAGUGUUAAUUAACAUAAACCUAGAUGCAAAUCAACGAUGAACAUAUAUUAGAAAUACAACUUCGAUAUAUCAUAUGUCGAGCUUUGGCGUUAAUCUGCACAUAUGAUUUGCGAACGAGCUUAGACAGAAAGGUGGAAACCAGUCUUCACCUCAGACUCUUUGGAACUUCAUUAGAGUUGCAUAGAGUUUCUUUAAGUAGAAUACUUGCACAGAAAGAGAGGGCACAAUGAACGAAUAUCAUUAGCCAGCCCAGGACCCAAAAAUUUCCUGACGUCUGCCUGUUCAACCUCCCCAGUUAUCCACUACUACCUCUUCAUCCUCAGUUAUCUCCCCAGUUAACUACUCUUCUACCCUUUUCUUAAGCCAUGAAGUGCAGGGGGAAAAAAAGACUACUGAAACCCUAGAAGAAAUUCGACAUUGAGUAGUAUAUGUACAAGCUAGUUAAUUCUAUCUAGCACACAGUCCCUCGACCUGUUUUACCGAAAGUGGAGCUUCUGAGUUGUAGCAACUGGACGUUGUUUCCCCAUUAUUGGAUGAUUGCAAGGUUUUCCCUUCGGAUUAUCCAAGCUUGUUAUGUCUCCUUUUCUCGUUGUGUUGAGUGGUUUCUUUGACUGGCCGGUCAUUAAAACUCCACAUUCAACAACGCUGCCUUUCGGCUUUCUGCAGGUUCUUGCUUUGUCGUUCUCUUUUCCAGUGCCUACCAGCCUAUUUGCCCCAGCUAUGCCAAGCUUCUGGUGUGUUGCUGCAGCACCAAUUAACAAGCCCUUUCCAUUAACUCGAUGCAGUUGCAGAGUUUCCAUAGGUGCAGUUUGAAUAAGAGCCUUGCCUUUGGUAUGUUGUGGGUAUGCUGACGACUUUUCUAGAUUAACUUUGUUUACCAAUCUAGUAUUGCGAGGCCCAUCCUUCAGCUGAAUGUUAGAAGAAUCCCUCAAAAUUCUAGAACCUUGUACUGUUUUUAUGGCUGCCAUGCCGUUACUUGCCACAUUUCUGCUAUCUGAAGUCCAUUCUUUGCCCCGCAGGAGUGGGAUACCAGAAAACUUAACAUCAGCACCAGGGUUUGAAGAUGAUGAUAUACCAGGCUUGCUAGAUAAAGACCUAAAAUUUGGUUUACUCUUAACAUAAGGACAAGGUUUUGAAGAAGAUUCUGUACUAGACAUGCCAGAUGAAGACCUGCGCUUUGGUUUACUCUCAUUGUAAGUACAAGGGUUUGAAGAUGAUCCCACAGUAGACUUGUCUGAUGAAGACUUGCAGACUUCACUGUCCUUAACAUCAUCACCAGGGUUAACGGAAGAAGAUCCCACACUAGACUUGGCUGACGAAGACUUACGAACUCUGUUGCCAAUAACAUCACUAGAAGAGUUAGAAGAAGAUCCCCAACUAGACUUUCCGGAUGAAGGCCUGCAACUUUUUUCACUGUUAAGAUUGAAACCAGGAUUCAAAGAAGACCCUACACCAGACUUGUUGGACAACGACCAACGAUUAGUAGUUUGUAUUGAACCAUUGUUCGUUUCCACCCUUGCUGCUUGUCUUCUAACACAACUCUUCCGAAGGCUGAUCCUUACUUCAGCUAAAAUACUGCUUUUGUUACCUAAUGCUUGACUAAAUGACUCGUGGUGCCUUCUGUGAGGUUGCUGAAAAGUCUCAGAUGUAAGGGUACUCGUAUUGGAUUCACCAGCUCUAUCCCCAGAACUUGAGCCAUCUUUUGAAUGCUGACCAUUACCCAGAGGAAGUGUAUUGCCUUCCUUGAUGCAACCAGUUGAAGCACUCUCCGAAGCCGAAUUCACUAGCGAAUUUGAAGUUCCUCCAGACUUUACAACACUUAUUUUGGGCUUUCUCACAUCAUCCAAAACUGAGUUCACUAAUGAAGACUUCCCUCUUAAAGCUUUUACUGGAUGUUGCUUGUUCAUUACGAGGUCAUGACUACCCUUCUGAAAUUUCUUUCCGGCAAGGUGUUUGCCCCUUGAUCGUGAUACCGAGGAGGGAAGCUGUGGUGAAGACUGUCCUACUAAGCCAAACUCUUCAUUGCUGCAAUGUCUAAAUGCUGCUUUCAACUGUUUAGAAGACAGCUGGUGAAACUGAUGGCUGAUUUGAAACCAUUGGUCAUCGCUGUCACUAUAAUCAGCUUCUUGAGCAAGAUCUACCCACAUUGGAGCUUCAAUCUCCUCCUACACAAACGCCCAGUGAUCUUUAGCAUUCUUAGAAGCCAUUUCCGUCUUCCUUUCCUUCUGAAUCCCAGAAAAUUCUUCAACCUAAACUGGUGAACUCGGGAGAAAAGUCUCUCUUAGCUACCUGGAGAUGCAGAAUUCAGGAUCGUCCAUCCUUCUCCCUCCAUUUCUUCUUCUUCUUCUGGACGCUUCGCCGAUGGGCUCCUUACCUUGGUUUUCUGUUCCUUCUAUUUAGGGGGAAUUCCCGGUACAGAAAUUGGGUGGUGGGAGAGGGAG